GCUAGCAGUUGGCUGCUCCCUCUCACUGCCACCUUCCUCUUCCUCCUCCUGUCACCUUCUCUUGCACGUCACAUGUUGGACACCAAUGCCCCGGACCAAACACCCAUUCUGUACGAUUCAAGCAACCUCCCUCCCUCGUCAUCUCGCCGUCCAAACUCCAAGUCUCCUCUUCGUCUCCUGCGCACCUGCACCGAUCAGUUGCAAUAUAUUUCUCUCCCCUUCUCGCAACCACCUACCCCUGGCUUUGCGUGGCUAGUUGCCACCAGACGACGCGAUCGACGCAUUGCUCUCUCCUUGCUUCAAGUCUUCUUCUUGUUCCCUCCCUCCUCCUCUCGCUGCUGGGGUCGAGAGCGAGGGAGACUGGCCGGCGCGGCGGCUGAUCGGACGUACGGUCAACAGUUGAUCGGUCGAUCGGAAAUGGCGGCGAGGCGCGCGCCGUGGCUCGCCGGCGGCCUUGUGGCUGCUGUGGCGGUGCAGCUGCUGAUGGUGGCCGUGCCCGUGCGCGGGAGGUUCGUGGUGGAGAAGAGCAGCGUGCGGGUGCUGGCGCCGGAGCACAUCCGUGGCCACCACGACGCGGCCAUCGGCAACUUCGGCGUGCCCGACUACGGCGGCACGCUCACCGGCGUCGUCAUCUACCCGGACAAGAAGGCCACGGGGUGCGACGAGUUCGACACCAAGUUCAAGGCCAAGUCCCGCCGCCCCGUCAUCCUCCUGCUUGAUCGUGGAGAGUGCUACUUCGCGCUCAAGGCGUGGAACGCGCAGCGCGCGGGCGCGGCGGCGGUGCUGAUCGCGGACAGCGUGGACGAGCAGCUGCUAACAAUGGACAGCCCCGAGGCGUCCGCGGGCACGGAGUACGUCGACAAGAUCAACAUCCCGUCGGCGCUGGUGAACCGCGCGUUCGGCGAGUCCCUGAAGAAGAUGGCGCAGAAGGUGGCCUCCGCCGCCGGCGCGGGCGAGGAGGUGAUCGUGAAGCUGGACUGGCGGGAGUCGAUGCCGCACCCUGACGAGCGCGUGGAGUACGAGCUGUGGACCAACAGCAACGACGAGUGCGGCCCGCGGUGCGACGAGCAGAUGGCGUUCGUGCGCGGGUUCCGCGGCCACGCGCAGCUCCUGGAGCGCGGCGGCUACGCGCGCUUCACGCCGCACUACAUCACCUGGUACUGCCCGGAGGCGUUCCGGCUGACGCAGCAGUGCAAGUCGCAGUGCAUCAACCACGGCAGGUACUGCGCGCCGGACCCGGAGGGGGACUUCGGCGCCGGCUACGAGGGAAAAGACGUGGUGGUGGAGAACCUCAGGCAGCUCUGCGUGCACCGCGUCGCCAACGACACCGGCCGGCCAUGGGCGUGGUGGGACUACGUCAUGGACUACAAGAUCCGCUGCUCCAUGAAGGAGAAGAAGUACACCAAGACCUGCGCCGAGGACGUCGUCACCGCGCUCGGUUUGGAUCUCAAGAAGGUGCUGGAGUGCAUGGGCGACCCCGAGGCCGACGCCGACAACGCCGUCCUGUCCAAGGAGCAGGAAGACCAGAUCGGUAGCGGGUCGCGAGGCGACGUCACCAUCCUGCCGACGCUGGUCAUCAACAACGUUCAGUACAGAGGGAAACUGGAGCGGACGGCAGUGCUGAGAGCCGUGUGCGCCGGCUUCAAGGAGGGAACCGAGCCCCGCGUCUGCCUCAGCCAUGACAUCGAGACGAACGAGUGCCUGCACAGGAACGGUGGGUGCUGGCGCGACGAGGCCACCAACGUGACCGCCUGCCAGGACACGUACCGGGGCCGGGUGUGCGAGUGCCCCGUCGUGAACGGCGUCCGCUACGAGGGCGACGGCUACACUGACUGCAAAGCUAUCGGGCCGGGAAGGUGCGCUCUGAACCACGGCGGGUGCUGGUCGGAGACGAGAGGGCAACAGACCUUCUCCGCCUGCUCGGAGACCGCGCUGACCGGGUGCCGGUGCCCGUCGGGGUUCCAUGGCGAUGGCCACAAAUGUGAAGACCUGGACGAGUGCAGGGAGAAGCUGGCGUGCACAUGCCCGGGCUGCCAGUGCAAGAACACGUGGGGCAACUACGAGUGCAAGUGCAAGGGCAACCAGCUCUACAUCCGCGGCGAGGACGUCUGCAUAGCUAACAGCAUGUCGAAGCUGGGCUGGUUCAUCACCAUCGCGGCCGUGGCGUGCGUCGUAGGCAUCGGGGUUGCCGGCUACGUCUUCUACAAGUACAGGCUCAGGUCGUACAUGGACUCGGAGAUCAUGUCCAUCAUGUCCCAGUACAUGCCGCUGGACAGCCAGAACAACGAGAACCAGCCUCUGCGGCAGCACGACUCGGAAGCUCUGAGGCACUGAAAGGGCUGGCCUGACUUCCCUGUGACGUUUGCAUGGAGAAUCUGCACAGUAAACCUUAGGUUUCCUCCGGCAAGGAGUUGCUGCAGGGCACCAAGCUGCACACAUGAUUUCAACAGAUAAUCUGCUGUGAUUUCGACGAUAUUUGCUUCGCUUUUGUAUAGCGUAGAAAAAAGAGGACGGUUUGCACAGAGCACAGAGUUGAGCUCUAGUGAGUUUAGACAGGUAGGCAUUUUGGCUCUUUUGUAGUCCUGUGGAUCAAGAGCCGUGUAAAGUACACACACAGCAUUUAGAGAAGGCCUAUACGAGCUGUUAUACAUGUACACAUUGUACAGUAGACAAACCGUACGAAGAAUUUGGUACUGCCAUAUUGGUAUGUGUUGGAGUUUCACCUUAUGAUUC